AUGAUUGUUUGGGUACAGCUCCCAGCGUUCCCAAUCCAUUUUUACCACAGAGAGGUGCUGUUCUCGAUCGGGAAUUUGAUCGGGCGGACUAUAAAACUAGACUAUCAUACGCAGCACCAACAGAGAGCAAGAUUUGCCCGAAUCGCUGUGGAAGUGGACCUCUCCAAACCAUUGGCGACGCGUAUCCGGCUCGAUGGGAAAUGGCAAUAUUUGGAGUAUGAAAACCUACCGAUCCUCUGUUUCGAAUGCGGGAAGGUAGGGCACACUAAAGAAGUUUGUCCAUCAUCAGUCCAAUCGGCGCCGGCUCUGUGUCUGGAGGCACCUGGUAACUCGCCGGCGGUGAUGUCAGCGGCGACUCAAGCAUCGGAAGAGGAAAAGGAAGGUUUUGGUCCAUGGAUGCAGGUGACGAGGAAAUCACGGCGGGGGAGUAGGGAUUCAACAAAAGGAAACUCGAUCAACAGAAAAGGGGAAGGAGAUAUUCAGGGGAAAGGUGGAAAAGGAAAGGCUGGUAUCAAGGACACCCCCGUAGCAGAAUCUCGGCCGCCGAGAACCACGUCAUCUGGAAAUCUUGAGCUAUCGGCGGGAGGAAAAGCAGGGAUGGAUCGCAGCACCAACCCUAAGCAUAAAGGAAAGGCUGUCGUUGAAAGCCUUCUGGGCGGAGAAAGAGGUAAGGGGGUUCUGGGCCCGGUUCCAAAGCCUGUAGGGCCCAGCCCAGGGAAAUCCGCUGGAGGAAUCUCUAUGCCGCGGGCCCAAGGCAAAGGCCCCUCUUCUUCAGGGACGAAACAAGACCCUCCCCCGGCCCUCUUUGUAGCCCCCCUCACUGAUGGGCUGGAAGCCCAAAAUUCCCCCUCCCUGACUUCAGUACCCAGCAACAAUGGAACCAAAAUUCAGAUAGUUAAUCUCCCCCAAUCUGAUCCGAGCGAAGACCCCCCGACCGACAAAAACUCUCUCUCGGCUGCCGCGCGGACCAAAAACCAGAAGAAGCACCUCAAAAAACAUAGCUCCCCAGCCAAAACCCACCGCCCUGUUACCUCUAAAGCUCUCCAGAUUUGGACUCCGAUCAAGGGAAAGAAGAACAAGGCUCGCACCAAAAUUGCGACCCUUACCCUCCAAGACAUUGAAGCCUGGACGGAAGCAGCGGGGCGAAAACAAGGGGAGGAAAUGGUCGGGAUAGCGGACUGUGACACCGCCGGCGAUAGCCUCGGGAACGCGGCGGCCUCCACCAGCGAAUGA